UAGAGCAUUGACAAAGUUCUUCAGGUACCAUCCCAUCAAUGAGUUUGAGCCAUUUUUGGAAAGUUUGGGAUUGAAACCACACGAAUUUGCAUCCCUUCUUCCACGAGGGCUGAUAUUUUUGCAUGAUGAUCAAGUCUUACUCGAUAACUAUCAUACGCUUAGUGAUUACGGUGUACCUCGGAGUAAGAUAGGAAGAAUGUACAAGGAAGUGAAUGAAAUCUUCAAGUAUGGAGUUGGGGUUUUGAAUAUGAAAUUGAUGGCCUACGAACGAUUAGGUUUGGGUAGAUCGACCGUUAUAAAGCUUGUAACUUGCAGUCCUCUGCUUUUGGAGGGCGAAAUAAACAACGCCUUUGUAGGGAUUCUUGAAAAAUUAAAAGCACUGGGGUUUAGUAGCCACUGGAUUGGAGGGUAUAUAUCUAGCAAAAACACGUACAAUUGGAAUAGAAUACUAGAUACAUUGUGUUUUCUUGAGGAAGUAGGUUAUAGUGAUGAAGAGAUGGGGGCUUUGUUGAGGAAAGAUACCGCAUUAUUGUUUGAAGGAUCUGGGAAACAAGUGUAUGUAGUGGUUGGUGCUUUGCUGAAGUUGGGUCUUAAAAUGUACGAGGUUUAUGGUUUGGUAUUGAAGAACCCACAGAUUCUAUCGCCUAAGUCCGCAAAGAACUUUUGGAAAGCAUUGCAUUUUCUAUUCGAGAUAGGUAUGGAAACCGAAAAUAUAGCCCAGAUUCUGUCUAGCCACAUUGAAAUUUUGGGCUCACACUCUCUGAAAGGACCGAAGACUGUGUUGAGGAAAUUCAGUGGCGAUAAGCAUAGUUUGUGCGAGACUAUAAAAAAGGAUCCGUCUGCAUUUUUUAACUUGGCUUUUAAGUUGAAGAGUUGUAACGCGGAGUAUGUGGCUGCAAGGAAUCCAAACAAUUUUGUGGAAAAGAUUGAUUUUUUAAUGAGAAUUGGUUAUGUAGAGAAUUCAGAAGAUAUGGUGAAAGCACUGAAACGGUUCCGAGGGAGAGGAGAUCAAUUGCAGGAGAGGUUUGAUUGUUUGGUGGGGGCUGGUUUGGAUUUCAAUGAAGUAUCGAGUAUGGUGAAACAGGCUCCGACAGUUUUAAAUCAGACGAAAGAUAUUCUUGAGAGGAAAAUCGAGUGCUUGAGAAAUUACUUGGGAUACCCUGUGGAGUCUAUAGUGUCGUUUCCAACGUAUCUUUGUUAUGAUAUGGAGAGAAUUAGUGCAAGAUUAUCAAUGUACGCAUGGCUUAGGGAGAAAGGUGCUGCUAAACCUAUGUUGUCAGUGAGCACACUUGUUGCUUCUUCGGAUGUACGAUUUGUGAAAUAUUUUGUGAAUAUACAUCCGGAAGGUCCAGAGGUGUGGGAAAAUUUUAAGAAGAUGUUUACUCUCGAAGAAUGAUUAGUAUGAUUUGAUUUGGAGAAAGGUGAGAUGGCCAUCUUAUGCUUACUAUUUACAAGGGAUUCGGAAUCGA